AUGAAGGAGGCGAGUGUUGGGAAAGUGGUCGAAUUCCUGGUACACGAGGUGUUUUACAAAUUUGGCGUACCUGAGGUAAUUCACUCCGACAAUGGGAAACAGUUCGUGUCGAAAAUAUUCCAAGACAUGAUCACUGCAUUCGGCAUUCAACACAUGCGUACCGCUGUAUAUUCACCACAGAGCAACGCAGCCGAGAGGGUAAAUCGGACCAUUCUAGCUGCAAUUAGAACGUAUUUAGAAAAUGAUCAUCGAGACUGGGACCUAUACUUACCGUGGCAUGAGGCCACGGGUGUAACACCGUUCUUUGCAGUAUUUGGACAACAGAUGUUCCUAAAUGGAAACUGCUACAAACUGGCAAGAAAACUGCAGUCUUUGACAGAACAUCAAAUAACGACGCUGGAUCCAGUAGAUAAGCGCCAACUUAUCCGCGAUCACAUUCGGGAGAAUCUCCAUCAGGCAUAUGAACGCAGCAGUCAGCGCUAUAACAAACGGGCGCGAGUUUUCCAUGCCAAGCCUGGCCAAGAAAUCUACAGACGCAAUUUCACUCAGAGUGAUUUUGGAAAGAUGUACAAUGCCAAGUUUGCUCGAAAAUAUGUGAAAUGCCGAGUCAUACGCCCUAUAGGGAACAAUGCCUACGAAUUGGAGGAUCUGGGGGGGAAGCCUGUUGGGAUUUUCCACGCAAAAGACCUAAAAAUGUAA